AUGGCUAGUUCAGCAAAGAAACUAAAAGUGCAAAAUAGCAAGGAUACUAGAGAAUUUCAGACUUGGUGGACUGAUAAAUUCGGCGUGAUUAAUAAAGGUGACAAAGCAGUGUGUGUUUUAUGUUCUGGCACCAUGGUAUGUAGAACAUCUUCCGUUAAACGGCAUUUUGAAACAAAUCACAAAUCAAUUUGUCAAAAAAGCGAAGCAGAGCAAAAGGAAUUAAUUGCGAGUGCUUUGAAAGACAGAAACAAACAGUCAACAUCAAUAAAUACAAUAAAUACAAGUCAUACAAGUGCGGCAAGUUACACGGCUGCAAAUGUCAUUGUUCGGCAUAGUAAACCCUUUCAAGAAGGCGAGUUUUUAAAGGAAGCCUGGUUAGCAUGCGCGCCUUCUCUUUUUGCUGAUUUCGAGAAUAAAAAUAAGAUAAUUCAGCGCAUCAAAGAUACUCCUUUGUCCAGAAACACAAUAAAGGAAAGAAUCUUAAAAUUGGCUGAAAAUGUUACAUAG